UUUAUCCGGUCAAUGAUAGCCAAUAGCACGAAUAGGACAGGAGCUUAAAGGCUGUGUGGUCUGUUUGCUGUGCAGGUCAUGAUGGAUCGAGCAGCUCUCCGGCUGAUUCUCUUGGGUGUUUUUCUCAUCUCAGCCUCUUUAGGUGUUAAGAAGAAACAAAAUGUGGAUAUAUACAGCUUUUACAUUAACUCCACGGUUACCAGUCGCUAUGCCACAACAGUCAUCACAAGCCGUGUUGCGAACACUCUGAAUGAAUCUCAAGAGAUCCAGUUUGAGGUCAAGAUUCCCAAGAAUGCCUUCAUCAGCAAAUUCAGAAUGACCAUAGAGGGAAAAACAUAUGAUGGGGUUGUGAAGGAAAAAGAGGAAGCUCAACAGCAAUACAAUCAAGCAGUAUCUCGAGGACAAAGUGCUGGACUGGUCAAAUCUGUUGGAAGGACUUUAGAGGACUUUAAAACCUCAGUGACAGUGGCUGCUUUUAGCAAAGUGACCUUUGAGUUGACCUACGAGGAACUGCUAAAGCGUCGUCUCGGCAAAUAUGAGCUACUCAUCAAUGCCCAACCAAUGCAGCCAGUGGCUGACUUCAAGAUGGAUGUACACAUCCAAGAGAAACCAGGAAUUUCCUUCUUGGAGGUGAAAGGAGAUUUGAGCACCGGUGAUCUGGCCAAUGCCAUCAAAACCACCAGAGCAGACAAAGACGCAUGGGUGACCUUCUACCCCACACGAGAUCAACAGACCAAGUGUAAAAGCUGUGGAGAAAAUGGGCUGAAUGGUGACAUGCUUGUAACAUAUGAUGUCAACAGACAAAAUCCUAAUGGAGAAAUCAUGGUAUCAAAAGGCUAUUUCGUCCACUACUUUGCGCCCUCUAAUGUCCCACGUAUUUCAAAAAAUGUGGUGUUUAUCAUUGACCAGAGUGGUUCUAUGAGCGGCCAAAAAAUAAAACAGACUCGAUUGGCACUGCUAAGGAUUUUAAGUGAUCUUGAUGAGGAUGACCACUUUGGAUUGAUCACCUUUGACAGUGAAGUUAACUUAUGGAAGCGUGAGCUCCUCAAAGCUACUGAGGAAAAUCUGAAGAAUGCAAAAUCUUUUGUGAAGGAGAUCAGAGAUAGAGGAGCCACUGACAUAAACGCUGCAGUUCUAGCAGGAGUGGACAUGAUCAAGCGACAUCCAAGAGAGGGAACAGCCUCCAUCCUGAUCCUGCUGACUGAUGGAGAUCCCACUACAGGUGAAACCAACAUAGAGAAGAUAAUGGCCAAUGUGAAAGAGGCUAUUGGGACUAAAUUUCCCCUCUAUUGUCUUGGUUUUGGAUAUGAUGUUAACUUUGACUUCCUGAUAAAGAUGUCACUGGAAAAUAGUGGAGUUGCUCGCAGGAUUUAUGAAGAUUCAGACGCUGAUCUACAGCUGCAGGGCUUCUAUGAAGAAGUUGCUGUCCCUCUCCUCACUGAUAUUCAACUUAAAUACCCAGGAGGGUCAAACCUUACCAAGACCAGCUUUAGCUUGUACUUCAAUGGCUCUGAGAUUGUGGUGUCAGGACAAAUAACAGACAACAGUGUGGAGAGUUUCACCACUGAAGUCAUCGCAGUAUCAAAAGGCAGUAAUGUGACAUAUCAGGACAAUACAAUGACAAAAGACACCAGUGAUGUCCCACCUGAGAAUGAAGAUUUCAUGCAGAGAUUGUGGGCCCACCUUACAGUAAAGCAGCUUCUGGACAGACAGGUGCUUCUUAAAGGACAGGAGAAAGAGGAUGAAAAAAAAGAAUCACUCAAACUCUCCCUGAAAUACCAAUUUGUCACUCCCCUCACCUCUAUGGUUGUCACUAAGCCACAGGAAGGUGACGUGGAAGUAGCCAACAAACCCAAAGAAGGAGAAAGGGGAGGUGAAUCUACAGCUGAUUAUUAUGACUCAGAUUUAAGUCAUUAUCCUGUACAACAUUCAUUACAAGCGGCUAAAAUUAUAGCAGUGGAUGAUUUUGAUUUGUAUGAUCAUCCUCUACCAACUUAUAUGUAUGAUCAUCCUCUACCAACUUAUUUGUAUGAUCAUCCUCUACCAACUUAUGCCUUCCCAACUAUGCAUACAACUACUCCCCCUGCUGUGCAAGUCCAUAGCAAUCGUUUUCUGCUGCCCGUUGUUGGUCAGUCGAAGCCACUUUGUUUUGAUGUUCCUGUUCCUCACAAACUCAGACUCCUACAGGAUUCAGCUUCAGAGUUCUCUAUGAACGGAGAGUCUUUGAGUGAACAAAAUGGAUUCCAUCAAAUUGCUAUUCAUUACAAAACUAACCAUCACUUGAUAAUAAGCACAAAGUCUAUCAGUUACCAUAAUGGCCAGGACAAUGUUGAGAUUUUGUGGGGCCAGGAACUGACCCAACACAAUACAGAUGGUGUGUCUCUGGUUGUUCUGGAAAAUGAAAUGAAUGUUACCAUGGGAAAUAUUGGUGUUGUUAUUAUUUCUCAUAAGAAAGAUGGGGUCAUGUUUUUGUGGCCUGCCAUUUGGGAAUAUCCAAAAGAUGUCAACCUGACAGGUGUUUUAGGAAAGUCUGAUAUUUCAUAUGUGAAGACUAAUGGAUCACAAACACCAACUCUUAAGAUGAAGGACAAGGAGGUGAAGACAUAUUUGGAGACUGUCAGCGAUUACAGAUUACAUUCAACUCCUACUCGGGAAUGCUGGCUUGUCCCAUUCCAGGCUGUGAUGGAGGCAGAGAUUUCUGAUUUCACUGUCACUCAGCUGUAGAGCUGACAAACAGUGUUUCCUUUUGAUUUUGAUGGUUCAUUUUAAGUAAAUGCUUCAAUAGUUUCAUCCUACCUGGCCUAGGAAGACGUACUUAUAAUUGUCUUAAGUAUAUCGUUUUCUUGAUAUGCUGACUUUUUUGUUUGUUUGUUUUGUUUGUGUAAAUCCACUUCAGCUACCUUUCCAUGGAUUAAUCAGGAUUGACUCUUAAUAAAUACAAAUUCUCAUGUC